UUCUAUCUGUAUGGAAUGAAGUCUCUCAGACAUGCAAACGAUGUGCCGACAUUACCAGUGAUCCCGUCCUCUCUACUCCCAUUUACUACAAGCCCCUACUCUGAAAUGGAGAAGUACUGCCUGGAUUCUCUUUCCAACAUCUCAGAACAGCAUGGCAUUGUCUGUAACAUCACAUUGCUAAAUGUUACAGGAAAUGACACUGGAACCAAGUCCAUUGAGGACAGACUACUGGAAGUUCUAGGGCCGAAGCGCUCCCCCGUCUUUCUCCCUAUCUCCCUGGUUUACCUGCUCAUAUUCCUCCUGGGUGUGUCUGGUAACCUGCUCACAUGCACAGUGAUAUCCAAACACAAGAAGAUGUGCACCCCCACCAACCUAUACCUGUUCAGCCUGGCUGUGUCAGACCUCCUGGUGCUCUUCUUUGGGAUGCCCCUGGAGAUCUACGACCUGUGGCAGAACUACCCCUUCCCCUUCGGAGAGGGAGUCUGCUACUUCAAGAUUUUCCUCUUCGAGACUGUAUGCUUUGCCUCCAUCCUCAAUGUGACAGUGCUGAGUGUGGAGAGGUAUAUCGCAGUGGUCCAUCCACUAAAAACACGCUAUGUUGCCACCAACAAGCAUGCCAAGCGUGUCAUCAGUGCUGUAUGGGUGCUGUCCCUGGUUUGUGCCAUCCCUAACACUUCCCUGCAUGGCAUCAACUACUUGAAUCUCCCGGAGAAGGUGGCAGAGUCAGCCAUAUGCAGUUUGAUAGGUUCCCCGUGGAUCUACAACCUGGUGAUUCUGAUCACCACCACAUGCUUCUACAUUGUUCCCGUGACGGUGAUCAGCGGGCUGUACCUGGGGAUUGGCAUCAAGCUGGGCAGGGAGCGACACCUCUCCCGGGGGACGAUGAGGAAGAACUGUAGCGCUAACAUCAGCUGGAGAAUCCAUGUGGAGCAAGUGCGCAGGAGACAAGUCACCAAGAUGCUUGCUGUGGUCGUGCUGGUGUUUGCCAUCUGCUGGGCACCUUUCCACAUUGACCGGAUCCUGUGGAGCUGCAUCAUGCAGUGGUCUGUCUGGACAGACCUCAACCAAGCCGUGUACCAGUGUGUGCACCUCCUUUCAGGCAUCCUCUUCUACCUCAGCUCUGCAGUCAACCCCGUUAUCUAUAACCUGCUCUCCACACGCUUCCGGGAAUGCUUCUGGGAUCUCGUCUGCACCCAUACAGAAGACACCACUGCUGGAAAAGACUUCACACCCUCCGCCAAGAUCCUGCUGGUCCCCUUGGGCCCAGUUCCUAAGACCCAAGCCAGGCCCAGUGACCACAACUCCCUCACUCCCCUGUUAUCUCCAACUGGGAACACAGAGAUCACAACACUGACAAGUAAACAUUUGUGCGUGGUGGACUCUGACUUCACUGCUACUGCUUUUUAAUGAUAUUUCAUAUUUAAUGCAGAGAUGUAGACUCGAAUCACGUGACUUGGACUCCAGUACUACUUGAGUCACAAAUUUUGCCACUUAGACUUGACAAAAAGAAAAAACACUUAAUUUACUGUUAAAUUUGGUUAUUACACCGUGAACGUACACUGAGCAUACAAAAGCUCUUUUCAUGACAUAGACUGACCAGGUGGAUCCAGGAGAAAGAUAUGAUCCCUUAGAUGUCACCUGUUCAAUGUAGAUGAAGGAGAAUAGACAGGUUAAAUAAGUAUUUUUAAGCCUUGAGACAAUUAUUGUGUAUGUGUGCUAUUCAGAGGGUGAAUGGGCAAGACAAAAGAUUGAAGUGCCUUUGAACAGGGUAGUAGGUGCAGCUGUUUGAGUGUGUCAAGAACUGCAAUGCUGCAUUUGAUGCCUUGUAGAGUCCAUGCCCUGAUGAAUUGAGGCUGUUUUGAGGGCAAAAGAGGGUGUAACUCAAUACUAGGAAUGUGUUCCUAAUGUUUCGUACACAGUGAACAUUCACGGCAAUUCCAUUGCUCAAAGCGGAGAAUCGUAUUGGUUAUAUGGGAAAUUACCUUUAAAUUCUGUUCUGCCUCGCGCCGCUGCACCAGCAAGUGCAGAAAGGCAAGGGGAAGAAUAGAGCACUGUCCUAUAUAUUCAAUGCUUGUCGCUUGAAAAUAUGAGCUCUGAGGUUGAGUUUCUGUGGAUGUUAAUUCUCAGCCAUCCACAGACCUCUCAAUGUGCAUACAGUGGGUAGGGGAAAAACAAAAACACUUUAUUGUAAUUGGAGAUUUCAUAAUAUAAGUCAAACUGUAGUUGUACUAUCAACAGUAGCUGUAUAUCAUCAUUUGGAUGGCCUUUCUAUUAGUAAUGAUGAUUGAAAAAAACAUUAAGCUAUUGAUCUGUGAAGUUUAAUAUGUAGGCCUAUGUACUGUACUAGGAGGUCUAAUGUAAGGAAAACAGUAAAUAUCAUUAAAAAUUGCUUUGAAAUUGGUAUGAAACAAAUUGGUAUAAAAUUGGUAUAAAAAUAGAUACUUUGGGAUUUUGGCAAUCUACCUCCCCAGAGUCACAUGAACUCGUGGAUACCAUUUUCCAGUAGGAAGUAAGUUAGAGGUAAUUUUGUAAGCCAAUGCUAGCUAGUGUUAGCACAAUGACUGGAAGUCGAUUGGUAUCUGCUAAAUGCUAGUUAGCAAUUGCACUAGUGCCAGCAAAGAUUUUUUUUUUAAUCUAUGACGCUAGUUAGAAACUUCCUUCAAACUGCACGCAAAGACAUACAAAUGGUAUCCACAAGAUCAUCUGACUCUGGGGAAGAAGAUACAAUGCCUCAUUGCCAAAAUCCUGAAGUAUCCCUUUAACUAUUGACUCAAAACCCCAAAUUAGGGACUUGUGACUUGACCUGAUCUCUGGAACUUGGGACCUGACUUGAGAUUUGCCCAUUAUUACUUGAAACUUGACUUGAGACUGAAGGUUAAGACUUGACUUGCUUAGGACUUCCUAAAUUGUGACUUGGUCCCAUGUCUGGUUUAAUGUGUAGUGGAUAUGAUGCCUUCUGUCAGGAGGUGGAUUUGACUAAUGAGCAGAUGAUACGUUGUGCACAAUUGGAAAAGUAAAUAUUUAAUGAGGUGAUAUGUGAACUUGUUAUUGAAACAGCAUAAAUCCUCAUAGCAUAAACAUUUAUCUGAAAACAACUGAUUUAGGGGUAUGUAAAUGAGAGACUUGGUUGCACUUGAUAAUUAACUCUAAUGAUUGAUUAUCCCAUAUUUACCUUUGUGACAUUGACUUUAUGUGAACUGCAGUUAUGUAUUCAUAACCACCUAGUCCUGCCCCUUAAUUUAUUGUGUAUGUCAACACUUCCCCAUGUGUAUUUCACCUUGUCAAAUAAUUGAAUGUACAUAUGUAGCACAGCUGUCCUUCGACUUAGAAGUGGUAUGUAAUUUCAUUUAAAUCAAUAUUUAUUGCCUUUCUGUGAAAAACAGCAAAACAUGAAUGUAUUGCUUGGUGAUUAUUUCAGGAAUUGCAUUGUUUUCUAGCCGUUAUUGAUUGCUUUAUUUUCUUGCACCUACGGUAUGUAGUCUGUAAAUUUCAGACUGAGAUUAUGUCCAUUGACCGAUGCCCAACAUAACUGCACAAAGACUUUUGAGUAUCCAUGUAAUCAAUUCCAAUGAGUUGAUAUAGCUUUUCUUACUAAACAUAUUUAUGUUGC